UUACUCUUUCCAGCCAGCAGCACUCUGGAAAAACAUGAUCACUACCGAGUAGUGAUUUUCGAAACAGUGCCUGGUUUCUAGGCAACAGCGUUGAAAUCAUUUGACCCGGAAGUACAUCUCGGAUGUAAUUCAAAGCUGGUCUUGGACAAGUUUGCAGGAAAGAGAAGUAUUUAAAGUGUUAUUAACAAACAGCGCGUCCAUCUCAGAAUCCCUCCAUCAUCUGCUUGUUGAAGACAUGUCGGGUUUUCUGGUUUGGAGUGGGACUGGGUUCUUCUUGCUGGCUCUGCUCCUCCUGCUCCUCCUGUCUGUGUAUGUGGUGUAUUCCGGCCUGCUGACUGAGAUCCACAUCAGCACCGGAUCCUCUGCUGUGAAAACCAUCACUGUGGCUUAUAAAUACAGAGAAGGUCCUUAUAAAGAGUCCGGGCUGCUGUUUGCUGAGAGCUGCAGGAUUGCACCAGAGCUGCCCACUGUAGGCGUCUUCUAUGAUGAUCCAAAGAAGGUACCUGGUCCGAAAUGUCGCUGUGCCGUGGGCAGUAUCCUGAGUGAGGGUGAUCAGAGACCCAGUGCAGAACUCCAGGAGCUCUAUGAGAAGUUUGGCUUUCGUAUCUUCACUUUCCCUGAGGUCACCCAUGUGGUCUCGUCUCGUUUCCCCAACAGAACCCGACUCUCCAUUAUCCUGGGAGUGCUCAGGGUUUACCCACAGCUCAACUGCUAUAUUAAGGACAGGAAGCUGUGUGCUCACCCCUUCCUCGAGAUCUACAGGAAUCGGUCAAUCUACUACAUGAGUCCACUAGCCAGGCAGGGAGAUUUCUACGUGCCCGAGGUCCAGAAAGCCCCGAAAAGAAAACAGGAAGGGGAGGAGUCUGAGGAGGACAGGAGGACUGACAUCACAGGUGCAGACUCUCACAGCGAUUGCAGCUCGGUCAGCUCCCUGCUUCCGUCACACAGCAGAGACACGUCUCCAGCUCUGUCUCUCUCUCCAUCCGUCCAGGACCACCAACGUAGGGACUCGGUCUCAGAUUCUGACUCGGGCAGCCAGACGAGUCAAAGGAGCUCCAGCGCUUCAUCCUUUGAAGAGCUGCAGGUAGAGAUGGAGAAGGGCAUAACAUCUGACGGCCUGGAGGACACCAAAAUCAGCUCUCAGCAUCAAGGCCUGGUGGUGGAAGGAGAGGAGUGAUGUCUGGAAAUGGAAAGCAAAUGCGGGAAAAGAAUAAGAGACCUGUUUGUGCAUGGGGUUUUUAAAAUUUUAAAUUACAUGGAUGUUCCUCCUGUCAAGUGUUGCCAGGCGGUCUUAUUCCACAGCAGUGUUGUCUUCGAUUCUGACUGGUCAGAAGGUGUUGAUUAGUUUUCUAUAAUAGUAGUCCUGACAGGUGCUCUGAUUACAUGGGACCCUCCAUGGCAUUGAAGGCUAAUAAUAAAUGGAUAAAAAUAACAUUUAUGGAAGGAGUCUCCAGGUUCGGUAAGUUUCCCAUGAGGAAUGUCUUCAGGAUCAAGAAGUUUCAACAGAAACAAAGAGAAGCUUGUUCCAUGGAACAUUGAACGUAACCAUAAAUGGUUAAAAAGUGUCAAAUAUUGUUCACUAAUCAAUUUUAAUUCUAAUCAUUGCCAACUUGCUGUGGUAUAAGAAGAAUAAAACAGCUGGGGAUGUGCUGUUAUGGCAAAAUAAUCCCCUUCAGCCUGGUAUCAUAUCACUCCGUCUUGGAUUAUUUUCUUAAAACUGCACACACCGUCGUGUUUUACUCCGUACAUCUUUGGUCAGGGUUUAAAGAGGAUGCACUGAUCAAAAACUGAAUACUGUUUCAGACUGCGACUGGCCUAAAAUGCUGGAUUGACAUAAGAUCAGAUUUGACGGACUGUAUAUUUCCCCAACAGUACUGGAUUCAGAUCAGAUUUUAUCAUCUCGUGAACGUUAAGAAAUGGAAUCGGUCUCGUGCUAGUUUUAAAAAAUGGCUGGUUCGAUGUUAGUGUUGUCUUUCAUGGGGAAUUUAUUAUUCUGAUAAAAUAACGGAGACAUUUACGAACGUCUUUGGUUCAGAAGUUUCACCUUUAAGACUUGAAAAUUGCACUGGGGGGGGGAUGACAAAAAAUGGUUUAAACCAAGUAACCUGGAUUUCUUGAACGUCAUUUCAUUGUGGCAUCUUGUCUCGUAUUUAUGAACACAUGUUUAAAUAGUUCUUAUUUAAAGGAAGAUUUCUGUGUUGAGCAAGGUAGUGAUUUUGUUUUCUUAAUAACUGACAUUUCAACCAUCGUUUGAAGAUCAGACGAACAGCAUUUCAGCAGACGUUCUUGUGAAACGUUCUGUUUCUUGCCAUUUCCAUUGUCUGGUGUUGUUGACAACAUGACGGACUCUGUGGCAUUAAUUAAUUAUUAUUACAGGUGUAUUAAUCUCCAUGUAAAGGACAUCUUUGGAAUUUAAACAUCUCUUCUGUAUUACAGGCUUGCCAUUUGAUGAUCAUCGCCUGAUAUUUUUAUAUGAAUCGAGUAGACCACAGAUCAACAGUCAGUUUUACAAUGACUUACAACAGAUUCCUCUGAAUGUGGAUCAGAUUUGAAAUCAUACAACUUGUAUUUCUCUGUACUUGACUUUUUUUUUGAAACACAAAUCUGCAUUUUGUUCAUUUUGCUGUUCAUUUGUCAGUCUUCUUGUGCUAGUGUUUUUAUAUGACAGUUAUUUGGAAUAAUUUUCCUUCCUGAUUUCUCCUUUUCUCGGUUCUCUCAAGUUUGAUUUGUCAACCAAAUUGGACAUUUAUGUGAUGUUUUUAUGUGAGACGUUGACUGCGAUGUUCUGCUCCCUUCAGACUCUUGAUCAGUUGUGUGUGAUAUAAUAAAGUGUUUUAUACGGUAUAUUAUUAUCCAUACAGGACACUUUUUCAAUGGAAUAAAAACACGUGUUCUAUUCCCUUCUAGCGGGUUCCAUUCAUUUGAUUUGAUAGCAAGCAAUAUUGUUAGCAUAUCGCUUAUCCUACGUGUAUUACAUCACUCUACCCAGUGGAGAAUGAGUGUUGAAUAUGGUUUACGAUAUUGCAUGGUUGUCAAGACAUGACGUCACACAUCGGUGACGUAACCUACCAUGCUAGUAA